CUCCCAAACCGCUCCCUCCCCCACCCCGGUUACCUGGGACGCGGACAAGAUGGCGGGCCGCCUCAGGUUGUCGUUGCUGCUGCGGCGGCCAGGCGGCGGGCUGCUGUCCCCGUCCCCGGUCGGGGUCCGCGGUUACCGGCGUCCCGGGGCCCCGGCGUCCCCGCCGCUGCCCCCCUGGAGCUGGCUGAGGCGCGGCGAUUGGCGGCAGGGCGUGCAGAGCGUGUGCCGGCACUGGGGCCUGCUGUGGGCCGAGGUGGCGGAGAAGCUGCGGGGCCCCGGCGGCCGCAGCCUGCGCCAGGAGCUACUCGAGCAGAACCGCGUCCUGUGGCAGGCCCAGGGACCCGGCAGCCUCGACCACUGGCUCGUCUCCAGCGACCGGGAGAUCGGAGGCCGCAGCCGGGCCCGCCUCAGCGUCGGGGCCAAUGGCAGGACGGCGCUACUGAGCGGGGAGCUCCGCACCGAGCCACCCCGGGACGGAGAGACCCGCUACAGCGGCUACUGCAGCCUCAGGGGCCGCCCGCUCAAGGGUGCCUUUGACAUCAAGAAGUACCACGACCUGACAAACUUCAACACGCUGCAUAUUCGGCUCCGAGGGGAUGGCCGCCCCUGGAUGGUGAACAUUAGCAGUGAGAUGUACUUCAGCCAUCAGAAGGAUGACCUUUACAGCUAUUUCCUCUUCACCCGGGGAGGCCCCUAUUGGCAGGAUGUGAAGAUUCCGUUCUCCAAGUUUUUCCUGUCCAGUCGGGGUCGAAUCCAGGAUAACCAGCAUCCAUUGUGGUUGGACAAGAUCAACACAAUUGGCUUCACGCUGGGUGACAAAGUGGACGGUCCAUUCCAACUGGAAAUCGACUUCAUUGCUGUGUGCAACGACCGGGCGCACACUGAAGAAUUUGCUUAUGAAAAAUACAAAAGGAAUCCAGAGGUAUAAACAGGUUCACUGAAAUAUGUAACCUUAGCUGGAUCCCCAGGAGCUCAGUAACCUCUGUCUGGUGGUCUAACACUGCACUCACUGAGCCAGUUUGAAGAGAGCAGUGGCUGACUCUGAACACAUCAAUAUAAAUAACAUCUGACCUGCAUCUAGGAAGAUUGAAUGUGUGUGGAGAACUUCUAAUCAAGUUUGGCUUUAUAAUCAAUGUCCUAUGCAUUCUUACACAACAACUAAUGUACCCUGUGGGAGGUAGCUCCUAUUCUGUUAUGAGUUAAUGGUGUAACUUUGGCAUUCAUUCAUUGGUACCCUGCUGUAGUGUUCUGCACUGGCAGCUUUAAGGUAGUUGGUUGUUAAAUUAUGGACUGAAAUUAAAUGAACAAAAGGCAAGGUGGGCUAGAAAAUUUCAAUUGUUGCUUUUCUAAGAGCUAGUAUUUAUAAAGCACCUUAAACACAGUAGCGUGACCCAAGGUGUUUUAACAGGAACAUGAAUCAAAUAAAACUUGACACUUGUCCACUUGAGGAAAUACUGUUGUUAAAUCCCACCCCUCCCUUUCACUACCUUCCUGAAUUACAACCUCUGUAAUAUCAACAGUUCUCCAAUUGCAGCCUUUCAAGCAACAUCAAUUUAAAUGGAAUAUAAUCAAAAGGGAAGAAAAAUAUUGGGCAAAGGGGAGAUAGUGGGAAAGGGAGGAGGAGAUAAUAAAGGGAAGAGACAAGAAACUGGCACAAGUAGAUGCAAGAUGGAUUUGAUGUAUACUUCUGUAGAUAGAAACAUGCAAAUUCAAAGGAUAGGCCAUUUGACCCCCUCAAGCUUGCUCUACCUCUUUUGAAAUUUCAUGGCUGACCUGAAAAUGGCCUUAACUCCACUCUUCUGUGUGCCUCAUAAUCUUUGACCUUCUUGUAAAUCAAACUGCAUGCUGAAUAUAUUCAAGGAUAUAUGAAAAUUGACCUGAUAUAAAUAAUCCUGUUGGUAGUAUUUCCAUUCAGGUAACUACAAUGCAAAAUGAUUAUAACAUAGUUUAUUUCAUACUUUAUACACAGUGCCUGAAUUUCACACGUGUUUUUGAGUUGACUGUUACAUAUGAAAGUUUAUGUUUCAAUUUGGAGUUAUUUUGAGAGAUAGUGACACUCAUAUUUAUAAUAUCUGACAUAGGUUGUUUGAAAGGUGAGGCAUAACGAUUUCCAAUAAUCACGACAUAAUCAAACAUCUACCUAUUUUGCAAAGUGAUAACAUUUGCACAGGAAGUUCGUUUAUAUAAUUCAUGUUAUGGUUCCAAAGGGCAUUCUAUCUGCACAAGGAGCUUUUCGAGAAAUGUAUUGUUUGUAUUACUUGUAAUGGAGGGCAGCAACCGUUAAUGAAUGUUAUGUAACAUUGUGUUAAAAUGUAAUUCUUGGAAACCUGGCACAGCAAGAAUAUUGUUUUGCUGUUUUGAGUUAAUGAGGUUAUGAAAGAAUUAAAUAAAGUUGUCCGCUGUUUUAAUGAA